AUGUCUGUAUUGUGGUUUGCCUCCUUCCAACUGGCCCACUCCCUCCCGGGACAAACCCUGGGCAAGGAGCGAAGUGACGACCCCGAAUAUCCUCACCGUUACGCCAGAGUCGCUAGUCACGAAAGUGGCAAUGUCCUUCUCUAUCAUCCGCCUCUCGAGCCAAAGAGGAAGAGGACUGGUGAAGAAAUGUCCGGGCCCAGUACCUCUGAUCGACUUUUUAAGAGCCCCACGCUGAUGUCCGGUCCCGACAACGAGGAGCACGGCGAACAUCGUCAGAACCGACACCGCCCCAAGUGUGAUAAGUGCGGCCACAACCCUUGCCACUGUGGCACUCCACCACGCAGUGUCCCUCACGUUCGUGGCAGCUCGUCACAUGAAGACCACAAUGAUAACAAAGACAAGGUUCUUUUCUGGAUCGACCCUUCCAGCAAAACCUUUGACUCGCCCUAUACCCCAUUCAACAUCAGCUGCGAACAUUGUGGCACUUCCCGCUGCACCUGCGGACCCCCCAGGAUGAAGAUGGUGGAGACGGAAAAAAACGACAAAGACGAAAAUGACGGCAAAAUGAGCGAUGAGAGGCAGCAAGAAUCGAUCCCGAUGAUUGACCAAAUGUGA